UACACUUAACAUAUCAAUCAAAUAUGGGUCGUGUCACUACUCCACCAGAGGACGAUCCAAACAACGGUAUACCGGUUCCGCAAACGGGUACACCCAACCAGCGAACCGGAGUUCCCGUGAGUCAAUUCGCGCCGCCAAAUUAUCAUCAAGCUAAUGUUAACCUAUCUGUUGGGAGGCCAUUUAGCACUGGUUUGUUUGAUUGUCAAGCAGACCAAACCAAUGCCGUUAUGACAGCAAUCUUACCUUGUGUGACAUUUGGACAAAUAGCGGAAGUACUGGAUGAAGGAGAGACGACUUGUCCUCUUGGAAGUUUCAUAUACUUGUUGAUGAUGCCGGCUUUAUGCUCACAAUGGGUGAUGGGAUCAAAGUAUAGGGAAAAAAUAAGGAGAAAAUUUAAUCUUGUGGAAGCUCCAUAUUCAGAUUGUGCGAGUCAUGUCUUAUGCCCUUGUUGCUCUCUUUGUCAAGAAUACAGAGAGCUCAAGGCUAGGAAUCUUGAUCCUUCUCUAGGUUGGAAUGGGAUACUUGCUCAAGGACAAUAUGAGACUGGAAUCAUUACUUUCCUUAUCCUCAAGACGAAGAAGAGUGCCAAACUUGGUCUACAUUCGAGGUCUCACCACGGUUUUGAACCUCCCGUCAUAGCGAAAAACCGGAAAUUGACUUACGUUGAUGUUGUUAAGAUCACAAACAACUUUGAGAGGGUUCUUGGUAGGGGAGGUUUUGGUGUGGUUUAUUACGGCGUAUUAGAUAACGAACCAGUCGCUGUUAAGAUGCUCACUGAGUCUACUGCACUUGGUUACAAACAGUUUAAAGCCGAGGUUGAGUUGCUUCUUAGAGUUCAUCAUAAAGAUAUCACAUUUGUUGAGACCGCAAUGACAUGCCUGAAUCCGUCUUCUUCACGGAGACCGACAAUGAAUCAAGUCGUACUGGAUUUGAAAGAAUGUCUGAACAUGGAGAUGGCAAGAAACAUGGGAAGUCGUAUGACAGAUUCAACUAACGAUACUUCAAUCGAGGUGUCCAUCAAUUUCACAACAGAACUUAAUCCAGUAGCUAGAUGAACCAAAUAUGUUUGAAGCUCGAAGUCUUUAUGUACACUUUUCUUUUGUUCUGUUUGUUAUAAAUAGAGUCAGUCUAA